AUGGCCGCGCGCCCUGGGCCUCUCUGGCUGCUGGGCCUGGCGCUGUGCGCGCUGAGCGGCGGCGGCGCCUCUGGCCCGCGCCCCUCGCCCGGCUGCCCGCAACGGCGCCUGGGCCCGCGCGAGCGCCGCGACCUGCAGCGCGAGAUCCUGGCGGUGCUCCGGCUGCCCGGGCGGCCCCGGCCCCGCGCGCCGCCCGCCGCCGCCCGGCUGCCCGCGUCCGCGCCGCUCUUCAUGCUGGACCUGUAUCGCGCCAUGGCCGGCGACGACGACGAGGACGGCGGGACCCCCGAGCGGCGCCUGGGCCGCGCCGACCUGGUCAUGAGCUUCGUCAACAUGGUGGAGCGGGACCGCACCCUGGGCCACCAGGAGCCCCAGUGGAAGGAGUUCCGCUUUGACCUGACCCAGAUCCCGGCGGGGGAGGCCGUCACGGCCGCGGAGUUCCGGAUUUACAAGCUGCCCAGUACCCACCUGCUCAACUGGACCCUCCACGUCAGCAUGUUCCAGGUGGUCCUGGAGCAGUCCAACAGGGAGUCUGACUUGUUCUUUUUGGAUCUUCAGACGCUCCGAUCUGGGGACGAGGGCUGGCUGGUGUUGGACGUGACAGCAGCCAGUGACCGCUGGCUCUUGAACCGUAACAAGGACCUGGGACUCCGCCUCUAUGUGGAAACAGAUGAUGGGCGCAGCGUGGAUCCUGGCCUGGCCGGUCUGCUGGGGCAAGAGGCACCGCGCUCCCAACAGCCUUUCGUGGUCACCUUUUUCAGGGCGAGCGCCGGCCCCGUCCGAGCCCCUCGGGCGGUGAGGCCCCUGAGGAGGAGGCUGCCGAAAAGAACCAACGAGCUGCCGCCCCCAAACAAACUGCCGGGGAUCUUCGACGACGUCCACGGCUCCCACGGCCGACAGGUGUGCCGUCGGCAUGAGCUCUAUGUCAGCUUCCAGGACCUUGGCUGGCUGGACUGGGUCAUCGCCCCCCAAGGCUACUCAGCCUAUUACUGUGAAGGGGAGUGCUCCUUCCCACUGGACUCCUGCAUGAACGCCACCAACCACGCCAUCCUGCAGUCCCUGGUGCACCUGAUGAAGCCUGACGCGGUGCCCAAGGCGUGCUGCGCGCCCACCAAGCUGAGCGCCACCUCCGUGCUCUACUACGACAGCAGCAACAACGUCAUCCUGCGCAAGCACCGCAACAUGGUGGUCCGCGCCUGCGGCUGCCACUGAGGCCCCGCCCCGCCUGCUGCGCCGCCCCUACCGGGUCAGGUCAGCCCACCACAGG